AGCGGCGCCGCCGGGACAGCCUCCUGCCGCCGUCACCAUGGCAACCGCCCCCCCCCCCUCCCCAAUCCCUAGCUCCUCUCUGUUGCCACGGCGACAGCCUCGGCUCUCCAUCUCCCGCGUUGCCACGGUGACGAGUCUGCCUCUGCCUUUCGGAGGAGGCCGCCGCAGUUGCCACGGCAACGGGCUCCUCUCUGUUGCCGUGGCAACAGCCUCGGUUCUUCUGCCCUGUUGCCAUGGCAACGCCAUCCUUCCCACCCCGUCCUGCCCCCCCCCACCCCCCCCGGGCGCUCUGGGGCACAGUUCCACACUUCCCUGGGAAGGCCAAAAGGGUCCGGCAACGAGACCAGGACCGGGACCCAGAGUGCGGCCGGGAUCAGUGCUCGGACGCGGGCAAGCAGCAGCCGUGAGCCCGGGACACAAUGCGGAGCAGCGCCUGUGCAGACACCACAUGAUCAGCUUUGUGGAUCCUCUCGUCUCCAACUACACAGUGGUGGAUUUCAGAGACAAAGCUGUGGCUCUGAUUGAAGAUAUCUUUGCUCGAGACAAGAUUCCGAUUGUUGUGGGAGGAACCAACUACUACAUCGAGUCUUUGCUUUGGAAGGUCCUUGUCAACACCAAGGAGAAGUCCACCAUGGUGUCUGGCACAUUCACUGACAGAAAAGUGGAGCUGGAGCAGCUGGAUGCUGUUGAUCUCCAUCGCCGCCUGAGCCAGGUAGACCCAGAGAUGGCAGCCAAGCUGCACCCCAACGACAAGCGCAAAGUGGCCAGGAGUCUCCAAGUGUUUGAAGAGACGGGGAUCCCCCACAGUGAAAUCUUGCAGCAGCAGCAGGAGGAGGAAGGUGGGGGACCUCUAGGGGGGCCCCUAAAAUAUCCACACUCUUGUAUCUUGUGGCUUCAUGCAGACCAGGCAGCUCUGGACCAACGGCUGGAGCAGCGGGUGGAUGAUAUGCUGGCUGCAGGGCUGCUGGAAGAGCUGCGGGACUUCCACCAACGCUACAAUCAAGCAAAGGUGACCGAAAACCGGCAGGAUUAUCAGCACGGCAUCUUCCAGUCCAUUGGUUUCAAGGAGUUUCAUGAGUACCUUGUCAGUGAGGGAAAUUGCUCACCUGAGACCAGUGCCCUGCUACUGCAAAAAGGGAUCCAGGCCCUGAAACAGGUGAGCAAGAGAUACGCCCGGAGGCAGAACAAAUGGGUCCGAAACCGCUUCUUGAAACGUCCUGGCCCCAAUGUGCCCCCAGUGUAUGGCUUGGAGGUGUCUGAUCUCCUGCGGUGGGAAGAAGAUGUGCUGAAGCCUGCUCUGGAGAUUGUGGAGAGCUUCAUCCAGGGACGCAAGCCGCCCGUGGAGCCUGUAAAGAUGGAGUGUGACGUGAAUGAGAACAAACGGAGCCAUCGUGUGUGUGAGCUGUGCAACAGAGUCAUCAUCGGGGACAGGGAGUGGGCAGCUCACACACGAUCCAAAGCCCACCUACACCACCUGAAGAAGAGAAAGAAGCUGGAGGCUGCUGGACAUGCUGCAGAGACAGUGAGGGACAGCAGGAGCGCAGAGACCGCGGGCAAGGACAGCAGCAUGCCUUUGCUGUAGGUUUGUGAACGGGCUGGCGGCCGGGAGCAGCCAUGUUUCCACCUGGACAGCGAGGAAAGGCCGAGUCCUGGGUGGCCUUGACCCAAAGGAGCUGAGUCAUUUUUUGGAGGAUGAGGCAGGUGUGUGAGUGACAGCCAAAAGGUUGAGUCAGAGCCUCUUCAUGUGGCCCCAUCUUGCUGUGUUCUAUGCUUCUCCUGCCCUGCCUGCGGAGGGCUGGCCCUGGGGCAGGGCUGCUGGGGCAUCCUGUGCCCAGUGUUCACUCCUGCCACAGAUGCAGCAUUAUCCCUGGAAAGGUGGAGCUUCUCCUUUGGCAUGUGAACGUGUUGUUCUCAGAGACAGGAAUACUGUGCUCCUCCAGCUUGGCCAGGAGUGCAACUCAGGGCCUGAGUGAGCUCUCACUGCCUUUUUGUGGAGAGGGUAUUUUUUUGAAUUUAUAUGGAAAUAAAGGUACAAGAUUACUGUGGA